UUACAGUAUGCUAACCUUAGCACGCUAACGGUACCGGUUAAAGUUAGUGGUACAGAGUUGUGACAUGAAUACGAUGUAAAAAUGUAAAAAGGUCAGAGGUUCGUGUAAAAGUGAAGUUUCUUAUAAUAGCGUCACCUAACACAAUAAAGACAAUACAGAUAAAUAUGGCGUUAGAUUAAGUUCAGAUAUAGUGAAUCCCCUUGAGAAAUCAGUCUAAUGACAUAAGUGUUUUCUCACUGGGAAUGUUGUUUAUAGCUGACAGUCUUUAUUAAUGGGCCGAUUGAAAAGAGCCACCGUUUUAAGUAACGUUACAUUGUGUUGUUAUUUGUUGCUCUUUUUUAAGAAGCUGUUGAACUUUGUCACAAUGCGACGACUUUUAACACGAGUCAUUAACCGAGUUCUGCUGAGCGAGCUGUUCACGCCUGCGAUGGGCAUUGAAGCAGAAAUACACACACAAGGCCGGCGAAAGCUGGUGGUGGGGCUGGGUAACCCGGGGAUGGAGAGUACCAGACACAGCGUUGGCAUGGCGGUGCUUGGCGCGCUCGCCUCCCGUCUUGGCGCGGAUGACCGUUGGCGCAGCGACAAGCACGUGUCCGGUGAGGUCAUCGUGUCAGAGGUACAACACACACAUGUGGUGCUGCUCCGUCCCAGGCUGCUGAUGAACGUCAACGGAGUGUCAGUGGCCAAAGCAGCUGGUAAAUAUGGGAUUAAGCCUGAAGACAUCCUGCUGGUCCACGAUGAACUGGACAAACCUCUGGGGAAAAUUGCCAUCAAACAUGGAGGAAGUGCCAGAGGUCACAAUGGAGUCCGCUCCUGUGUAGACUGUCUUCAGACUGAUGUGAUGCCCAGACUUCGGGUUGGGAUCGGCCGGCCGACAGGGAAAGCCUCUGUGGAGCGUCACGUCCUUGGCCGGUUCUCCUCAGAGGAGCAGAAGGUUCUGGACUCUGUUUUGGUCCAGAGCGUGGACCUCCUCCUCUCUGAACUCUCCCAGCAAGACUCCCAGUCCCCCUCCUCACCAGCAGGGGGCAGACCAGCAGCACAGAAGGAGGGAAGGCGCUCAGCCUCUCCAGCUGAGGACUCUGCUGCUGCUCAGAGCUGAAGCUCAAAUUUUCUGAUCUCAACUCUGUUUUUAAAAACAGAAGGAGAAAACAUGAACCUUUACAGGCAGAGGAUCUUGACUGAGACGGUAUUUAUUCUCUGCUGUGAAUUAAAGGUGACAUACAUUUCUACAGAGCGUGACGUCGUCUCAGGAGCUGGGGUGUAACCACAAAAAUAGGCCAGAAUGUUCUAAAGGGAUGGAGAACACGACCUCUAGCAGCAGAUCUGCAACUAACUGUGCGUGUGAAUGAAUUUUUUAAAAGUCGUUUACACUAUCAAAUGGGACAUAUCAAAUAAUAAUGACUGUUCACUAACACAAGUUGCCAGUCUGAACGGCAUUGAUCAGUAUUGAUUACUACCACCAAGGAGUGUUGUGUUUUUACUCAUAUUUGACUGAUUGUUCGCUGCCUCUGAUUCCUCAAAAACCUGAGAACAGGUUUCAGUAAGAUGUGGUGUAACGUUGGUGUAACAUUGCAAAUGUGACACUUUUGAAAUGUGUUGCUAUUUUCUGAUGAAAUACUGAACACGAAUGCAAGAAACAAUUAUCAUGUACAUGAAUCCAGUGGCUGUCUGUCAUACUGUUUUAUUUUGUAGGUUAAAGAUUAUUCUGAUUAAUAUAACAAAGCAAAAGGACUGUGAAGCCUUGGUGGAGACAGUGGAGCCCAGCUGAUUGCUUUUAGGACAAAUCUGUAGCAAUAAAAUUGCCAUAUAAAGCUAA